AUGACCACUGCGGCUGGUACUCCAUUGAACCUCACGAACUUGUUCAGACUGUCGGAUGGAGUAGCUGCCAGUAGUACUGCAGCAUAUCCUCGGGCUGCUGGUUUGGGUGGAGGGGACGAUGAGGGAGAGGGGGAUGAUGAGAUACUUCCUGCUAUGGCAGAUGACGAUUAUUCUGCUCAGCUAUCUUGGCAAAGUCAGUCGAAGGAUAACUUGAAAGUCUUGAUGGAAAAUUUCAGUCCUGAUCAAUAUGACCGCUUCGAAGCCUAUAGGCGUCAUGCUUUACCAAAACAAGCGGUCCGAAAGGUCAUUCAACAAGUCACUGGACAACAAGCAUCCCAACCUGUUGCUCAGAUCGUUGCGGGUUUUGCAAAAGUAUUUGUUGGAGAAAUAGUGGAGAAAGCUCGUCAAGUGCAAGCACGUCGAGGCGAGACUGGUCCUCUCUCCCCUGACCAUCUUCGAGAAGCAUAUCGGAUGUAUCAACAAGAGACUGGGAAUGUGGGCGCCGCAAGGCCGGUACGAGCGAAGAAGUUGUUUGUUAGAUAG